UCUCGCCACAGUGGCCUUUAAAGUUGGAUCAUUGUCAAAGUAGCCGCUAUUUUGGUCCCUGCUACCAAUUUUGGGGCCUUUACGCAUGUUGCGAUUGACCACGUUUGUGUGAAACGCUCUUGUCUGUGAGUCAGUCAUAGUGUGCAGGCGUGCGUGCGUGCGUGCGUGUUGGCCCGUCAGUGAAGGUGGGAUUAGCUUGGUCGCAUGACAUAACCAGACUAAGAGGAUUGUUAGCCAGCCAAACAGCUCCUCCUCAUCCUCCUCCUCUUCCCCUCACCUUUCUCACUUCUCCACUAUUGUCUUGUGUGGCUUUCUCCAUGGAAUGAUUUUUACAUCUGCUGCAUAGACCAAAAGAAUUUAAGGUGCGGCUGCACUUUGGAAGGGCGGGGGAUUUGGUUUCCAAGUCCUGCCUGCAGCCCCCACACAGCCACACACACACACACACACAAGCUGUACCUAGAUGAUUGGGCCGCAUUCCAUGUGCAUUAAAGCGCCAAGGCUUGCUGAGACCAUGGAGUGGAAUGAGCUGGAUUUGGUGCAGGAAUUUACCCUUGAAGGGCAAUGCAGCAAAAUCAAAGUCCGCUCCUGCAGGAUCACAUGGGACAGCCUGCAGGUUCCCCGUGUGGAACUCACCCUGUCUGAGCUCCAGGAAAUGGCCACAAGACAACAGCAACAGAUCGACGCUCACCAACAGAUGUUGGUCGCCAAGGAGCAAAGGCUGAGGUAUCUUCAACAGGGAGGCCGAUCCAAGCAGGGGCAGACACAGUCGGAAGCUGAGAAACUGCAGCGCUUAAAGGAGCGAGUGGAGUCUCAGGAGGCCAAGCUGAAGAAGAUUCGAGCCAUGAGAGGGCAAGUGGACUACAGCAAACUGAUCAAUGGGAACCUCUCGGCAGAGAUCGAGCACGUGAGCAGCCUGUUUCAGGAGAAGCAGGCUGAGCUGCGGUCUGCCGUGACCCGCGUCGACCAGCUGACCCAACAGCUGGAGGAUCUGAGGAAUGGCCGCCUGCAGCUGCAUUCUAUUGCCUCCCAGCAGGGGGCGCCCAACAGAGGCGCUGGAACGAAAGCGCCGGCGCCCUCUGGCCCUGCUGCCUUAGAACUGAGGAAGCUCUACCAAGAGCUGCAGGCUCGCAACCGUCACAACCUGGAGCAGAGUGGCAAGCUGGCGCACAACAAGGAGGUGCUGAACAAGAGAAACGCUCAGGUGACCGUGAUGGAUCGACGUAUCGGAGAGCUGAGGGAGCGACUGCAGAAGAAGAGAGCCCAAUUGGGCCGUAGGAAUGGCGGAGGCCCUCCUUCUCCUCAGAAUUCCACCACUCGACCAAGCGCGUCGGGCCGUGUGGCCGCCGUGUGCCCUUACAUCCAAGCUGCACCGGCUGAGGCGGGCUGCGAGCUGUUACCUGACGCAUCCCCCAAAUGGUCACAAGUCAGUCACACGCGCUCCCUUUCGGACGAGAACGAGAGUGGCAUCAGGAAGCCUCCCAGCCAAUGGAAAGUGUCGGAUUUAGACACGGUCCUGUCGCAGCCAAAUGACUUAUGUGGGGGUCCCAAAUCUCCCCAGGGGGACAAAGGGAACAACACUAAUGAAGCAUCGUGGCCUACCAUUGGUAAACAUUGGAGGAGCAACAGUGCAGAACAGCAUCUCCCUUGCCGUUACGGCACCUACCCCAGCAGCAGCAGCAGCAGCAGCCACCACCACCACCACCAGACAGCAGGGGAUCACCGUUCCACCAGCUCCCUGCCUCGAUCGGCUCCCGGCACAUUGGGAUGGCCUCGACCCAGCGCCGCCGCCGCCGCCGCCGCCGCCUCGUCUUCUUCAACCUCCUCCUCCUCCUCCGCCUCCUCACAGCAAAUCCAACAACGCAUUGCCGUCCCUCCAAAUUCAAACCAAGGCUCGCAGCCCUUGGCAUCUCAGAGCGAGCGGACGGAUCCCCCUCCGGCGGUGGCCGUACGUCCUUACGUACCCGAGCACGCGUCCAGACCGCAGUCUCCUCGAAAGGGCCCCGCCUCCAUGAACAGCAGCUCCAUCUACAGCAUGUACCUUCAGCAGCCUCAGGCCAAGAACUACGGCUCGCUCAGCAACAGGAGCGCCGCCACGGUUAAAGCGGUCUACGGGAAACCCAUCCUGCCCACUUCCUCGGCGUCUCCGUCCCCUCUUCCUUUUCUCCACGCAGGAAUAAAGACAGAAGACAAGGAAGUUGGAGGAGGAGAAGGAGGAGGAGGAGGAGCCAAGGUGUGCGGCAAACACGCGGGACGCUUCAGGUGGGAGAAGCGCCACAAGUACAGUCCCCUGAUGGCCCAUUAUGACGGCUACAGCAGUGACGCCUCAGCUGAUGUCGCAAACUGCAUCCAGAGGAUGAGGCGGACACCCCCCCUGGACGAACUCCAACCGCCGCCAUAUCAGGAUGAAAACGGCUCUCCCAGGAUGUCUUACACGCUGUCGGAGCUGGGUGACGCCAAGUGCGAUCUGUCGCUGACCAGCGGGAGCCCCCGCCUUUCCUUUCGCAAAUGUCCCAGUGAGGGAAGCGAUGGACACGAGACGGAAAGUCAUCUCAACAAGGGCUACGAGGAGGACGUACCGAGUGACAGUACGGCUGUCCUCGGUCCGGAGGAGACGUCAGGCCGCGGUUCAGCAGCACGGCUCCCCAAAGCCUACCGAGCGGAUCAGGCUGCAAAGUACGGGACUCUGGAUGUGGUGUUUGACUACGAUCCGGAGGAGCAGCAGCUGGCGGUGACCAUCGUGGCCAUAACGGACCUGCCCGCUCUAAAACACACGGGCAACAUCUCGUGGCAGGUCCACCUGGUGCUGCUGCCCACAAAGAAACAGCGGGCAAAAAGCGCUAUCCAAAGAGGCCCGUGCCCUCUCUUCACAGAGACCUUCCACUUUUGCCACAUGGAGUCCGAGAUGAUCGGCAACUACGCCAUCAGAUUUCGCCUUUACAGUAUGCGCAGGAUGAAGAAAGAGAAGGUGCUGGGCCAAAAUGUCUUUUAUCUCACCAAGCUCAACCUCCAGGGGAAAUUGUCCGUGCCGGUCAGUCUCGAUCCGUGCCGCGCCUACCAAGGCGCCGACUCCCAAACGAGUCUCUCGGAUACGACGUGCAGCGAAAGCGCCUCGUCCUUCCCGUCGCUCAGUCCAAGUUCCACCCCGGAAAUCCUGCUGGGCCUGGUGUACAACGCCACGACCGGACAUCUCUCUGUGGAAGUCAUCAAGGGCAUUCAUUUCAAGAACCUGGCUAGCAAUAAGCCACCCACUGCCCAACCCUUGUUGUCAGACGGACUGUUCUGUUGUCUCAAACACUUGAUAGGUGGACAGGUUUAUGUUAUCAGAGACACGUACGUUAAGCUGACCUUGCUGAACUCCAUGGGCCACGAGAUGUCCAAGUGCAAAACAUCCAUCUGUCGAGGCCAAGCCAACCCAACCUACAAAGAGACCUUUGUCUUCCAGGUUGCCCUUUUCCAGCUAUCGGACGUAACGCUCAUCCUCUCCGUCUACAACAAACGCAGCAUGAAACGGAAGGAGAUGAUCGGCUGGAUCUCUCUUGGGCUCAACAGCUCCGGAGAGGAAGAGCUCACCCACUGGACUUUGAUGAAAGAGUCCAAAGGACAGCAGAUUUGCCGCUGGCAUAGUCUGUUAGAGUCCUAACGGCCCGCCGCGCGCUGCAACAACGUACACAAGCAUAAGAGCACGAGGGUUACACGUUCUUGUCACCUGAACUGGGUAGCAAAUACGCUAACAAAUGGAACCGCCACUCACUUUUCAAUUUUAAUUCAAUUCAAUUCAAUUCAAUUCAAUGCAAGCUGGAAACACAGAAAGACUCUACUGUGCUCAGAGAACACAAAAGCUACAACGUUGAGCACCGUAUCUGAACUCUGAGUUCAAUCUUUCAUCAUCAAAGAUUUUUGUAAAUUUGGAUAGGCGAUUUUUUUCAUCGUUUCUUGAAAAACGAAGAAAUCAUAUGUAGAUAACUAUUUCCAAAUUGUUUCCAUUGCUUUAUGGAAGGCGACAGCUUCCAUCCUUAGUGAUGCCAAGUGUGGUGCUAUGCUGCUGCUUUGCUGCUUUGCUGCUUUGCUGCUUUGCUGCUUUGCUGCUUUGCUGCUUUGCUGCUUUGCUGCUUGCCUUAUGGGUGUGGAAGCCAAAUCAGAAACAAACAAGUGUGCUGCAUCAUUCCUCAAACUGCAAUAUGAAGACAAUUCAAAGUGGGCCACUUUCUGCCCUCAUGUAUUGUGCACAAUCAUCUUUGGAGUUCCGUGCUUGUGCUCUGUGCAGUUUAGUUAGUGUGUGUUGGCAAAUGUGUUGAAAGGUAGACUACAGAGCCAGAUCAAAUUUGACUUUGGGGUCUUCACAAAAUAAUAAGCCACUUCUUGAUUGUUCGUUUACUGUGUCCUUUCUGUGGACUCAAUGUUUUAUAGCUAUUUUUGUAUCAAUUAUAAUGGGGAGGAAAACGUACAAAGACAUUUAUUCAUGACUCACUUAUGCGGUGCUGCUGCCAUUUGUUUGAUAAUAUCGGUCAUUUGUGAUUUCAUUGUUUUUGGGACAAUAGUUGAAAUUUUGUACACCUCUUCCAGAGUGAGAUGGAAGCCUGUCACGUUGAUCCUCCCUACAAAUUGAAGCACAUCUAGCACAAUCCAUGACAACAGAAGCACCAAUGGCACAGAACUUGAGCUCAUUUUGACACCAUAGCAGUCAUUGACUGUUCUUUGUCACAUCAUCAAACGCUGCAGAAGGGCAUCGGUGCCUUUUUGUUUCUUAACCUGUGAUAUAGAUAGAUAGAUAGAUAGAUAGAUAGAUAUGGUCUUCAUGUACUUGUGCCUACAAAUGUAAUUCAUUUCUUAUUCUUGAUGGAUGUCAUUUGUUUGCACAUAAACAAACAAAGAAACACUUUGAACUGUUUAUGAUAAAACUGAGGGGGAAAAGGUGAGAGGUUGCCAUGUUUUUUUAAACCUUCGCUAUGCCGCUCUUACACUGCAUCACCAGCAAACAACCAACAGGUGGAGCAGCCAUUUCACUUGGCUUCAUUCGUUUGGCUCAUUUCAUUGCAAUUGAUAUGAUUUGACAACCUUUGCUAUUAAAAUCAACAAAAUGACACAAGAGUAAUUACGGCAAAUUUGGUCACGCUUUGGGCUCAGAGACACAUUCUUUAUCAUUGCGACUUCUGUUAUCAUACAUCUCUGCAAAUGAGAAGCACGUGACGUGUGUGUCUAUGGAUGGAUCUGUUUGAUUCGAGACAAAUCUUGUAAUUUUGGCAGACGUCAA